UUUACACGUUACUAUGGUUCGUUCUGUUGCGUGACUGGAAAAGAAUGUCUUCCAGAAAUUCGCUGUUUUCCUCGUUGCUAUCAAAUAGGUAAAGUUUAAAGUUGAAUUCACAAAAGUAAUAUCCCCUCUUCGAGCUACCACGCAAAUAGGUUGCAUUUUUUCUUUGUUUUCAUUAUAUUGCUCGAUGACCUUUGAUCAAGAAGUGGUGCGAUCUUUGAGAUUCAGGGUAUAUUUUGACCCAUUAAAAGCUUUACCUUUGCAGAAUCGAUUAAUCAUUUCAUUGUAGAGUCUCAGUCUUCUCACGCUACGUUAUACAGUGUUUUAGGCGACUCUAUCGCUUAGUUCGGUGGCUGUAUCGUUGUGGAAUGCAUUGUCCGAAGUUUCUGGCUGUCGGCUGCCAUGGUCCCAAUAGAUUGGCGGUACUGCUGCUAUUCAUAGUUCAUGCACUGGUGUGGAUACAAGACAUAUUAACGACGAUCGUUACGAUAUUAAUAAACUUCUCCAUUGCUGUCGUCAUAAGAUGGGUGCAGGUUCCUGGUUUGAGGAUAACAGCAGAAAAUAUUGGGUUUUUCACAGCACAUGGUGUCAAGAUAGCAAAGAAUUGUAAAAGCAUAGAAGAAAUCACUGUCGGAGUCAAAUGGAGCUUUUCAGACUUAAGGGAUUUUUCAUUGAAGUCCACUGUAAAGAAUCUAAUGAUAGAAGCUGAUGAAGUAGACUUCUUCUUUAGCUUCACAGUUUAUUGGAGGCUAAAAACUCCUAUUACUCCAACAGAAUUUGUAAAUAAUGAUCUAUUUGGAAAUGUAAAUAAAAGAUUAUUUCAGUAUAUUUGGCUGCAAGGCAGCAAUGGGAAGGUAGCUAUUCUACAUCGAAAUAAAGAAGAAAGAUAUGCUUCCGAAGAUUACAGGCAACUUGUGUCGACUGCCAUUUUGUUUGAGAUCAAUACUGCAAGUGCUGUUAUUAUCCCAACCCAGGAUGGCGUGCUGUUGAAAGGCAGGGCAGACAAACUCAUGUGCAGGUGUCGACCUUGGAAUAGGAUGACAAAGGUUUCUGACAAGCUAGUAGACAUGUCAUGUCUGAAAGUGAACUUCUUCUGGCCUUACCAUGGUACCCACACAUACACUGCAGUCUGCCAUGGUACACAAGCAUAUAUUACACAGAUGAACAUUCAGGAUUUGAUUGGUGUUAUUGAACAAUUCAUAGAUAACCUAACUGAUGAGGAAGAAUCUUGUUCAUCUUAUGACCAAUAUGAAGCUGAUAUUAUUGAGCAACUGACACAGGUUGAUGUCCGAUUGGAAAACCUGUUGGUUUCCAUGGCAGCUGGAGUCUUCCCUCAGCUAGCAGUUCUGAAACUGUCUACCUGCUUCAAAGCACAGAAUUGGCCUGGCAAGUCUUGUUAUAGCUGUUCCUUGGGAGCACAAGUUGUCUGUUUGAGUGCUGAAAAUGCUGCUGAACCAUGCUUUCUCUUGGGAAAUGAAUUCAUAUCCACAGCAUGGAGAUGCUUUAUUACGAGUACUCAUGUAGUGAACCGGUGCUGGAUUCUGUCCUGUGAAUCAGAUGACGUCAUCUCACUUAUCUUUAGACCUGACUGCUUUGGAGCAUUUAGCAUUUUCCAAAAGGAAUAUGGGUUUCUGGCAAGCAAGACAAGAAGCAGUAGUCUUCCCAAUCUUUUGGGUGUGGUCAAGAGAUCAAUAAUGGAACAUUACCCCCGUACACAGAUAUCAUUCUCUGUUGAAGGCUUAAGUGUAACAUUAGAGAUGGGUUUGGAUGAUCAGAUUCUUGUCUUCUCUCUUGAGGAUUUGCAGGCUCAAUGUACAGAUGAUGCUCAGAACCUUAGCUUGGACAUCACUGUCAAAGAUAUUGAGAUAGAGGACUGUACACAAAACGUGAUUGCAUUGCGCAGAACUUGUGCGGAAGAUGUACCACAAAGAGCUAUUCACAUGACCAUGGUCCAGGAUGCAUCAAGAACAAAUAAAAGUGUCAUCUUCCAGCAACUCUAUGGCGAAUUUGGCGAUGUUGAAGUGCGCUUAGAGGAAAUUCUGUUAAUGAGGCUUCUUGUAUUCUGUGGUAUCACUAACAAAGAGCAGCUCUGGGGUGAAGAGAACGAACCCAGCACUUUAAACCAAUUUACAAGUGAAAUGGACGUGACUCCAUUGUACUUUGAGCGUCUUGACGUAAGCCAGUUCCAGGUCAUCUUCACUUCAAGUCCUGACGCAGUCUUGCCUGAUGAUCUGCUGAUCCUUAAGUCCAAGUUGGCAGUACCUAAUGGCUUUCCUCCGUGCAUGGAGAGGGCAAACCUAGAGUUUGAGAGGUUUGUGCGCACAGGCAUUCAGUACCGCAGCGGGGACGCGCUUAUCAGAGAUAUUCGCCGUCACUACAUGAAGGAGAUAGGGCGCCAGUCCACCAAGAUACUCGGCUCACUCCACCUUCUUGGUAACAUGACAGGGUUGCGUGACGAUAUUGCGGAAGGCCUGGCCGAGCUGAGAGAGACUGGUAACUACAUGGGUUUCGUGCGCCAUGUCAAAAGCGGUCUCGCGGACUCGUACUACAAGCUAACAGAUUCCUGGACUCCAAUCGUCAAACCACCCGCCCCGCCCAAACCAGAGCCCACCGUCCAAACGCCUCCACAGGCUGCCCAAACUGGCGAUAUUAGUAGGCAGGAUAAGAAGAAGUCGGGGUUGAUUAGCAAGUUGACCAGCGGGUUGGGCAGUUGGAUCUUCAGCUCGCUUGAUGACAAUGAGGAGGACACCUCUCACCAGGUCCCUUCGGACCCUGUGGAGUGUACAACCUCCCCAGCUAUCACGCUACACACUGAGCCCGUCACGCACAGCACUCCGCGACGUGACCUGAGUAACGCAAGGAGCGUGACAGGAGAGUGGAAUGGUGAGACGGAUGACACAAGCAGCGUCAGUAGUGGCAUGACGUCACCUUCACACUGGGAUCUUAUGCCACAGGAAGUCCAAAAGCGUUUCAAGGGCCAGGAGUUUGUACGACGCCUGACAACUAGCUUGGACCAAGUCGACAGUGAUGAAAAGUUCUUGUGCUGCCUCAGACUCCGUUUCGCGGACCCAGACGACAAGCGCAACACGCUACUAACCACCAAACGGGUGUACGUCAUGAAGGUUGGAUCAGCGUGUAAGGAAAACGUGGUGCUGAGCCUCAAGCUCCACGAACUGUACAAAACCCAGCAUAAGGAGAUAGAAGGGACAUAUUAUCUGGAGUUGGUGAAACGAAUUGCUGGAAUGCAACACCAUAACUUGCCUUCACCCCACCCAGAGGACAACCCACUCGUCCGCUGCGACUCGCAAACACUAGCGAUCAAGGCUGCAGAAAAGAUCAAUAAAGCAAAGAAAAAAUAUAGUGGACUACGGAGCUGCGCAAGCUGCAAAUCACUCGCUUCAUUGUCCUGACAGGAGGAGAUGGUUGACGAUGACUCGGCAAGAUGCUUCACCUUCAUGUAGGGUGUAGUGCAUGGUGGAAGGCUGUUAGGCACAAAGGGUAUCUGAUAGUCCAUGAUGUCAGAAAGGUGGGUAAAUAGGCUUUAUCAUAGUGCUUAAUGGAAGGAAUGUAGGUAAAGGGAAGGAGAGGAAGGGAGAUAAAGAAAUGAUAAUAUAAAAAUAUAAUGAUAUAUUUUCUAAAGAUCUGGUUCCUGUAAUCUGAGUGACUAUAAUUCGAUUUAUGGAUCAUGUAUAUAAAUGUGGGCAUUGGGAUUAUAAUAACAAAGUAAAUACAUAACUAAUGUAUUUCAAAAUUGAGUGUUACAAUAUCCAAACUGUGAGAUACGUGACCUAAAUAUAUAAAACCAGUGGUGUAUACAAAUAUGAACUUAUACCAUGCUGGCAACAUAAAUGAGAUAUUGACAAGGAAUAUAGCGGUUCUUUAUCAAUACCUUUCUUUUCAUGCAUAACAUCCUAACUUCAAAGUAAAAAUGGAAUGAACUACAUUAUACGUUUUAUGUUGUAAUAAAAAAAUGUCAGCAGG